AUGGUCCACAUCAACAACCUCCUCGUCCACAACAACUACUUCGACGUCCUCAACGACAACGCCCACUCAAACAUUGUCACCAUCGACGUCGCCAACAUCCUCUCCCUUUGCUCCAUCUACACCAUCAUGGUCAUCAUCGUCUCCUGUUGCUCCAUCUUCACCUUCUGCUUUGCCUCUGGAUUCGUUAUCCCAAGAGACAACACCAUCUCCUCCUCCACCUGCUCAUACGCCACCUCAAGAUGA